CGGCAGUCUUCUCCGGCCAAAAGUAGAAAGCUGAAAACACAGAGCGUUUCUACGUCUCCGUCUCUUUUUCCGGCGAAACUGAGCUUCUAGGAAUGGCUUUCUUUAACAAAGCUGGGAGCAUUCUUCGGCAGGCUGUUAGCAAGCAGCAUAUCAAUCAUGAAAUCUCUGCAUCGAAACCUUCAAUUUUUCAACUUAUUAGAUGCAUGUCUUCAAAACUUUUUGUUGGAGGAAUCUCAUGGAACACGAAUGACAACACUCUCCAAGAAGCUUUCAGCAAGUAUGGAGAAGUCAUUGAAGCAAGAGUCAUUUAUGAUCGAGAGUCUGGAAGAUCUAGGGGAUUUGGCUUCGUUACUUUUAAUGGUUCUGAGGAUGCCAGCGCUGCCAUCCAGGCUUUGGAUGGACAGGAGCUUGAUGGUCGUAGGAUUAAGGUAAAUAUAGCGAAUGACAGGACAAGAGGAUACAGCGGUGGUGGUGGCGGGUUUGGUGGUGGUGGCAAUUAUGGAUCUGGUGGUUAUGGUGGUGGUGGCAAUUAUGGAUCUGGUGGUUAUGGUGGUGGUGGUAAUUAUGGUGCCUCUGGUUAUGGUGGCAGUGGCAAUUAUGGAGGCGCAGGUGGUGUUGAUGCUAAUGUUGCCGGCAAUUAUGGAAGCGGAGAAAACAGUUUCGGCUUUGGCGCAAGUGGUGAUAACAACUUUUCAAGUGGUGAUAGCUAUGCUAGUGGAAACACCGAAGCUACCAGCAGCCAAGCAGAUGUUAAUAGCCCUGUUGAUGCAGGUGAAAAUUACAGAGAUGACAAUGUGGAGUCCAGUGAUUAUGCCGACAGAAGAGCCUAAAGGUUGCCUUCAAAUCAAUGGAAGAUGACAUCUCUUCCUUCCAUCGUUUAGCAGUUCAUCUCUUUCAUAGUCUACCUUCUUCUCGCCUUAGCUAUAUUUCGACUUUCGUUUUUGUCGUUCAUGGACUUGAGAUUUUGCUUUUAUUUUAUACCGAUUUGGUUGCUUAAUUUUGGCAGUACAAGAGCCAAACAUCGUGUCAGCUAAGCAAAAGUACUCUACACCUUUGGGUGAACCUAAUUUUAUAAUCAAGUAGUUGUGUGUUUGGAUG